AUGGCAGCAGGGUUUGCAGUCCUUGCCUCUGCUUCCCAUUACUGGCCAUUAGAGAAUGUGGACGGGAUCCGGGAACUUCAGGACACAACUGGAGCAUUGCGAACCCACAACCUCACUGUGCCUCCCUCCCACAAUGCUACCUUUGUCUGUACCAAUGACUCUGCCUACUCCAACUUCUCUGCAACCGUAGACAUUGUAGAAGGAAAAGUUAACAAGGGCAUUUACCUCAAGGAGGAGAAGGGUGUGACAUUCCUGUACUAUGGCAGCUACAAGACCUCCUGCAUCAGCGAUCCAGCCCAGUGUGGCCCUGAGGGGGUCACCCUUUCAUUUUUCUGGAAGACACAAGAAGAGCAGUCCAGACCAGCUCCUGCGCACGGGGGACAAGUCAUCUCAGAUGGUUUCAAAGUCUGCUCUAGUGGUGGCAAGGGCUCUGUGGAGCUGUACACACGUGACAACUCCAUGACAUGGGAGGCUACCUUCAGCCCCCCGGGUCCCUAUUGGACUCACGUCCUAUUUACCUGGAAAUCCAAGGAGGGUUUGAAGGUCUACGUGAAUGGGACACUGAGCAACACUGACCCCAGUGGAAAAGUAUCACAUGCCUAUGGGGAGCCCCAUAUCAACCUGGUGAUUGGAUCUGAGAAAGACCCAACCAAGCACUAUGAGAAUGGAGCUUUUGAUGAGUUCAUCAUCUGGGAGCGGGCACUGACUCCGCAUGAGGUCAAGAUGUAUUUCACAGCUGCUAUUGGAAAGCAUGCUCUGCCAUCUUCAACACCACCGAGCUUCUUCCCGACGCCCCCAGCAGCGCACACUGGGAUGUCCACCAAUGCGUACCAUCCUAUCAUCACCAACUUGACUGAGGAGAGAAAAAACUUCCAGAGACUUGGAACUGAGUUGUACUACCUUCAAAAUGUGUCCCACAGCUUGCCUGAUAAGGCCCUCUCAGAGGAAACUGCGCUGAAUCUCACAGAGACCUUCUUGAGCACUGUGGCUGAAGUGCUUCUGCUUCCCAGUUGGACCCACAUGUCAGAGGACACUAUGGUGCUGGGCCUGAUCGACACCAUCGACGCUGUCAUGGGCCACAUAUCCUCCAACCUGCAUCCUCGGAAGUCCCAGAUCUCCCUCACAGGCUCCUCCUCCAUGGCAGAUUUCUCUGUGGCCAAGAUCCUCCCUCUGGCCCUAAGCACUCCCCCCUACCGCUUCCCAGCCCAUGGGCACAGCUAUAUCGAGAUUCCCCGGGAGGCUCUUCACAGCCAAGCCUGGACUACCAUUGUGGGCCUUCUCUACCACUCCGUGCACUAUUACCUGAACUACAUACCCCCAGACAGCACAAAGAUCCCAGAGGCUAUGAACUGCAGAGAUUGCCUGCUGUCUGCUGUUAGCCACCUGAUCUCCCUGGAGAUGUCCCCACCACCCACACUUUCCCAGUACCUGUCAGGCUUCCCUCUGAUCACCAUCCGUCUCAGGCAUAAGCUGACUCAUAAACAAUACAGUGAUGCCACCAAUGAGAGCAACUGCCUUUUUCUAUACUGCGCCUUCCUGGACUUCAGCUCCGGGCAAGGAGUCUGGUCAAGCCAGGGCUGUGCACGUACAGAGGGCAAUCUCACCUACUCAGUGUGUCACUGCACGCAUCUCACCAACUUUGCUAUUCUCAUGCAAGUGGUCCCUCUGGAGCUCUCACGUGGACACCAGGUGGCGCUGUCAUCCAUCAGUUAUGUCGGCUGCUCCCUGUCUGCGCUGUGUCUGGCAGCCACCCUGUUCACCUUUGCAGUGCUAUCCUCUGUUAGUACCAUCCGGAAUCAGCGCUACCACAUCCAUGCCAACCUGUCCUUUGCUGUCCUGAUGGCCCAGGUCCUGCUACUUGCCAGCUUCCAUGUGGAGCCAGGCACGGUCCCAUGCCAGGUGCUGGCCGCACUUCUGCACUACUUCUUCCUGAGCGCCUUUGCCUGGAUGCUGGUGGAGGGACUGCAUCUCUAUAGCAUGGUGAUCAAGGUCUUCGGGUCAGAGGACAGCAAGCACCUCUACUACUACGGGAUAGGCUGGGGAUCCCCUCUUCUCAUCUGCAUCAUUUCCAUGUCAUUGUCCAUGGACAGCUAUGGGACAAGUGACAACUGCUGGCUAUCGCUAGGGAGUGGAGCCAUCUGGGCCUUUGUAGGCCCCGCCCUGCUGGUCAUUGUGGUCAACAUAGCCAUUCUUGUUGCCGUGACUAGGGUCAUUUCCCAUAUCAGCACCGACAACUACAAGAUACAUGGAGACCCCAGUGCCUUCAAGUUAACAGCAAAGGCUGUUGCUGUGCUGCUGCCCAUCCUGGGCACCUCAUGGGUGUUUGGGGUGCUUGCUGUCAAUGACCGAGCCCUGGUCUUCCAGUACAUGUUUGCUAUACUGAAUUCCCUGCAGGGCCUCUUCAUAUUCCUCUUUCACUGUCUCCUGAAUUCAGAGGUGAGAGCUGCCUUCAAGCACAAAACCAAGGUCUGGUCCCUCACGAGCAGCUCUGCACGCAACGCCAACACAAAGCCCUUCAGCUCAGACAUUGUGAACGGGACCCAGCCAGGCACGGCCUCUACCAAGCUCAGGUCUUGGGACAGAAGUAGCCAUUCUGCCCACCGUGUAGACCUGUCUGCCGUGUGAGCAAGGAGUCUGCCCCUCAGGACAAGUGCCGUCCCCCAAGCAGAGCAAAAUGCACACCUUGCCUCUACCCGCGGCCCCUCCUCCUGCUCCCUGGCUGUGGGAUCACAGCCCUCACCUGCGACUCUGCAGCAGAGUGCGCUCCCAGCACUGCGGGCUGACAGCGUGGCCAGUGAUGGUGUUCGCCUUCUAAGCCAGUGAGCCCGAGGUCUUCUGUCCUCUGUGGACACCCGAGCACACGGCCAUCGUGGUGACACCGAACACAAGCCUCCCUUUCCACUGCAUGUGCACAGCAUCAGACCCAGCAAAGCUAGGCUAUAGGCUGCAGCUCCAGAGUGGGGCCUCUCCUCUGAUGGGGAGUCAGGGUCCUGUGAGGGUACUGAGGAUCCCAUGGGUCCCUGGAGCAUUAGCAGAGAAAGCUGGGGCAUGAGGGGAAGAAUAUCUUCAGUUUGCUGAGUCCACCCAACAGGAGUCCCAAAAGUCAGUACCGAAUGACGUGCACGUCUGCCUCAUUCACCCCAUAGCUAUGCCAGUUCUGGGGCCUCCACUCUGCAGGGCUUAGGGGUACAGUCACCUGCAAUCCUUAGCGUGGUCACACUGACUCUGCCCUUGUAAAGGGCACAUAGCAGUGGCCUAAAAACAUCAUUAUGUGGGGAAGUCUCAGCUAUUUCUUUGUGAGUUUUGUUUCUCCAGACCCGAGGUCAGGCUUACAAUGCCCCUUCCUCAGCCCACGCCUUUCCUACUGGGCACAGGCCCCUGCAGAACUCGCCGUGUCCCUUCUGUGCCCACACCUCUUGGUUUUCUGAAAUGUAGCCACUGCUGGGACCUGUUUUCUCAUCCGUUGGAUGUGCUGCCUUGGUGUUGGAGACACCAAGCAGCUCAGCUGCUGCUCCCUGUCAUGCCAAGGCCAGCACACUGUAGAGGUCAACUGGCUCCUCAGCAACUUCACUGAGGCCUGACUGGCAGGGAGGGUGAGCACAACAGUCUUCUGGGUGAUUUUGUUGUAUGUGGUGGUUGGUUUUAAUGUACAAAUUGACUCAGCCCCUGGGAAUGCAUGUGAUAAUUCUGUAUGGGCCAGAUCCUGGGUGACUCCAGGGCAGGGACCACAGUAAGAUAAGUUGCGAUGAGAGCCUGAGAGAGUCUGUGACAGUCCAACCUGGUUCUGAUACUGGAAAAUCUUCCCUUUAUAAACUGUGACCUCACAUCAUUGAGCUCUUUCUACCCCCAUGCCCACUUGGCUUCAGAAUAAGUUUCUACUCAGUUCUGUGGACUGUCUUAGCCUUAUCUUCCCCUUCCUCCUCUUCUUCCUCCUCCUCCUCCUUUUUUUUCCCUGCCCUUGUGUUGCAAUGGAACCAGGGGCAUGCUAAGCAAGCCCUCCAUACUGAGCCACACCCCAGCCCCUGGUGGCUUGUCACUGGAUCACUGGGGAGAUAAUAGCCCCACCCUCCACCCCACAGGCAUCUCUCUCAGGAGCUGUGUGGCUAUAGGGCCAAUCUUUGUUCUAUCCAGGCCAGGUCCCAAGUCCCAGGGCCAUCUGGGCCCCUGUGACCAGCCAUUCUGAAGCUCCUAUGAGCAAAUGGGGAGUGGGAUGAAGGGGUCAGCACAUAGGCUGAGGUCAUGCUGAGACCCUGCAUUUGGGGACAAGUCCCAUAUUGAGUAUGUAUAGCCACUGCUCAGCACCCUGUAAUUCCCAAAGCUUAGACACUGGUGAUUCAGAGUCAAACUUGCCAUGCUGAUUGUACAGCCAUGAAAACACUGUGUGCUUAGUUUCUGCUGAGGCAAAGCAAGCUAGGGACCGCCUCUAUUUCUGAUGGAAUUCUUUGUUUCUGACUCUCCAGAAUACUCACUCUAUAUAGCUAAUAUGUCAAGACAAGUGAUAAGCAAAAUCUGUCUCAGCCUUCCGUUCCCAAUGAGUGAAAGUGUGCACUUUAUUUAUAGGCUAUGUAUUUUGGCUUCUGCAGUCGUUUAUUAUCUAGAUAUAAUUUGAUUCAAAGUAAAUUGGGAAGAAUGGUGUGUGUGAAGUAGUUUACAACAGAGAAAAGAUGAUGAAUGCCACUACGCAGUGAAAAUACGUUGUUGUUUUGAUGAAAUAAAAUCUUAAUGUCCUUAAA